AAGAAAUUUCGGUUUACGAUGGACACAAAGGAAUUCAUUGACUUCGGCAAGGCAGCCAUCGAUUUCGUAGCAAACUAUACGGACAGCUUGAGAGAGAGGAAUGUUCUUCCGGAUGUCGAGCCUGGUUAUCUCAGUGACUUGUUGCCAGAAGAAGCACCUCAAAAACCGGAAACGUGGCAGGAGGUACUUAACGAUGUCGAGAGAUACAUCAUACCGGGGGUAACACAUUGGAAUUCACCGCAUUUCCACGCGUUCUAUCCAACUGCAAACUCCUUUCCCGCGAUUGUCGGUGAAAUUUUAAGCUGCGGUAUCGGUUGUAUCGGAUUUUCGUGGCUUGCCUCGCCCGCGUGCACCGAGCUUGAAGUGAUUAUGAUGAACUGGCUCGGGAAAUUAAUAGGAUUACCGAACGAGUUUCUGAACUGCAACGACGGUCCUGGUGGAGGCGUUAUACAGGGAUCAGCAAGUGAAGCUACUUUAGUGUGUCUUUUAGCUGCGAAGGAACAAACGACCCGUCGCAUAAAACGUCUUCAUCCAGAGUGGGAUGAAACCUUCAUCAAAACCAAAUUAAUUGCUUACACAUCUGAUCAAUCAAACUCUUCAGUUGAGAAGGCGGGACUGUUAGCGUCGGUGCCUAUGAAACUUUUACCAACUGACGAAAAAUGUUCUCUUCGUGGUGAAACAUUACUGAAUGUGAUCAAGGAGGACCUGGAGAAAGGUCUGAUACCGUGUUGCACUGUGGCCACUUUGGGUACCACCGGCACGUGUGCCUUCGACAACCUUGAGGAAUUGGGGCCCAUUUGUAAUGAAAACGACAUAUGGAUGCACGUAGACGCCGCUUAUGCAGGAGCCGCAUUCGUCUGUCCUGAGUAUCGGUAUUUAAUGGCCGGUGUUGAGUACGCUGAUUCUUUCAAUAUCAAUCCUCAUAAAUGGUUGCUCGUAAAUUUCGACUGUUCUGCGCUCUGGGUGAAAGAUUCUAGGCGUCUCAUUGAAGCAUUUAGUAUAGAUAGAAUUUAUUUAGCGCACGAUAAACAGGGGCUGGCUCCAGAUUAUAGAAAUUGGCAAAUUCCCUUGGGUCGCCGUUUUCGUUCCAUGAAACUUUGGUUCGUUCUGCGACUUUAUGGAGUGGAAGGGUUACAAGACCACAUAAGACGAUCAUUGAAAUUGGCGCAAAUAUUCGAAAAAUACGUCAAAUCCGACAAUCGAUUUGAAUUGGUAAUUGAGAGAUCUCUGGGUUUAAUUUGUUUCAGAAUGAAGGGUGACGAUAAAUUGACUAAAGAACUUCUAAGUCGUUUGACAGCCGAGAAGAGAAUUUAUGUCAUACCAGCGAAAUUUCACGAGAAAUUGAUCGUCCGUUUCGUAGUGUGCAGCCGUUUGUCUCGGGAAGAAGACAUAACUUUCGCGUGGAACGAGAUUACGAAACAGGCGGCGGAAGUACUGAGAUCCCAGACACCAGCCUUGCAAGAGGAAUCACUCGAGCCUUUCACAAAAUCUACCGCCGACAUUGCAACGAGAAUAGAAAGUUUGAAUAUCGAGGCGAAAACACAAAAGAUAUCGUAG